AUCUUUUGCUAUUGAAAAAAUAUCGCUACUUCAAGAGAUACUCCCUCGAUAUUCAGAGGCUAAUUGGGAUUGAAGGAUUUCAAUCACUAGGUAAGGAGUCCCGACGUGUUUGGGCUAUUGGGGGAAAAACUACUCUUGUCAAAUUAGUGGAAGAAAUUUUCAAAAAAGUGCACUCUUGA